GCAAUAAUGAAUCGAAAAAAACUUGCGGAUGAAGCGGGCGGUGUAGACAAGCUUUUGCAAAAAGAAACUGCAUCAGGCAAACGGCGAAUGGCAUUUUUGGAUUUGAUGCUGGAUAUGCAUGCGAAAGGUGAUUUACCACUGCAAGGCAUACAAGAAGAAGUGGAUACAUUCACUUUUGAGGCUCACGACACAACUUCAGCAAGCAUGAAUUGGUUUUUGCACCUGAUGGGUACCAAUCCAGAUAUUCAAGAAAAGGUUCAAAGAGAAGUUGAUGAAGUUUAUGGCGAAGCGGACAGGCCAAUAACAUAUGAGGAUCUUGGACGACUGAAGUUCCUGGAAGCCUGUAUCAAGGAAACACUACGGAUGUACCCGAGUGUGCCAAUUCAGGCACGGCUUUUGACCGAAGACACUAAAAUUGGUAAGUCUUGGUGUUCGGUAGAUUGA